GCCAUGGCCGCUGUGGCUGCCGGUGAUGCGACGGCUGGACCCGCAGACUGUACCGAGAUGGAGGAGCGGCUCAAGGCUGAGAACAUGACGGCUGACGUGGAGGCUUCUCUGCCUGCCGGACAGGAGGCCUUUGCCAUCAAGUGCCGAGAUGUGUGCCGCUCGUAUGGCAAACUGAAGGUCCUCAGCAACCUCAACCUGACGGUACCACAGGGAUACAUUUAUGGUCUUUUGGGCCCCAGUGGAUGUGGGAAAACCACACUGCUGAAAUGCAUUGUGGGAACACUGAAAAUCUCUGGAGGUCACAUCACCGUGUUGGGCAAACCACCUGCGUUUCCUGGUCAUGACGUGCCGGGGAAGAAAGUCGGGUACAUGCCGCAGGAUCUGGCGUUGUACAACGAGUUCACCAUCAGCGACACUCUGUCCUUUUUUGGCCGAAUCCACGGCUUGACCUCGAAGGAAACCCAGGCACGUAUGGACUUCCUCAUCGACUUCCUCGAUCUACCUCAAAAGACCAGUCUGGUCCGAAACCUGAGCGGCGGUCAAAAGCGCAGGGUGUCUCUCGGCGCUGCUCUGCUGCAGAAUCCAGAGCUGCUCAUCUUGGACGAGCCCACAGUCGGCGUAGACCCUGUGCUCAGGGCUAAAAUCUGGCAGCAUCUGGUGGAGAUUGUGAAGACGGGUAAAGUGUCCGUCAUCAUUACCACGCACUACAUAGAGGAGGCCCGGCAAGCCAAUGUGGUCGGCCUCAUGCGGAACGGCCACUUGCUGGCUGAAGGACCUCCAGAUGAAGUCAUGAAGAUGCACAGUGCUACAACCCUGGAGCACGCCUUCCUUCAGCUGUGUGAGAAUUUGGAUCAGGUCAGCUCGAAACGAGACUCCACUUCACAGGAAGCGUUAGAGAAAAGCCAGUCAUUCGAGAGCGGGCGCGACGAGAGUCGACCCAUUCUCGCGAUUGGACCGGGAGCCGCGGAGGAAGUUCCGAAAUAUUCAGCUGACUGGAAGGUAAGAGCCAAACACGUGAUGCCAAAGUGGAGAAACAUCGCUGCCCUGAUGAUCAAAACGCUGGUGCGGAUGAAGAGGAUGCCGGGCUCACUGUGUUUCCAGUUCCUGCUGCCCGUCAUCCAGGUCUCUCUGAUCUGUUUGUGUGUCGGAGGAGAUCCAAAGGGGAUCCAGGUCGCAGUCGUGAACAACGAGACCUCUUCCUCGUCUUACAGCCAAAGCCUGCUCUCCUUCCUGGACAACUCCAGUGUGGAACAGGUGCCCCUGUCUCAUUCCGAGGCCUUUGAUGGGAUCUAUAACGGAGAGUACUGGGGCAUCAUUGGCUUUGGCAAGAACUUUACCAGCUACCUGACAAAAAGGUCUGUUUACCCUCUUUAG